AAAAUUGAAGUUUUUCCUACAUCUUUAACUAAAACUGAGUUUGAGAAUAUCUCCAUGCAAGAGGUUAAGAGAUGGUCAGAACUUCCAAAAGAUACAUUUUGGUUAUACUUUUCACAAAUGCAAGAAAUCAUGUGGAGGUUUGGUGACAUAAUUAGAAAUUUCUGUAAAGAUGUGGUUUCAAAUAAGAAAUUAAUGAAGAAAUUACAAGAGUCAAGAUUUGACGUUGUUUUUGCAGAUGCUAUUUUUCCCUGUAGUGAGCUGCUGGCUGAGCUAUUUAACAUACCCCUUGUGUACAGCCUCCGCUUCACUCCUGGAUACGUUUUUGAAAAGCAUUGUGUAGGAUUUAUUUUCCCUCCCUCCUACGUACCUGUUGUUAUGUCAGAAUUACGUGAUCAAAUGACUUUCAUGGAGAGGGUAAAAAAUAUGAUCUAUAUGCUUUCUUUUGACUUUUGUUUCCAAAUGUAUGACAUGAAGAAGUGGGAUCAGUUUUAUAGUGAAGUUCUAGGAAGACCCACUACAUUAACUGAGACAAUGGGGAAAGCUGACAUAUGGCUUAUUCGAAACUCCUGGAAUUUUCAGUUUCCACAUCCGCUGUUACCAAAUGUUGAUUUUGUUGGAGGACUCCACUGCAAACCUGCCAAACCCCUACCUAAG